GAGCCGUCAGUCAAUUGAAUUCUCUCUGUGUCAAUGUCAAAAUGCUGCGGGAAUUGCAUCAUGAUGUAGUCGAACGUUAUAAUUUCAUGUGCAAUAUCUUGUCUGAUUUUAUGACUGAAUAGCAUGAAACAAGUGAUCGAAGCACAUGAAGAAACGCUUUUUAAUUAUUCACCAAAAUCGAGAUGAUCCCGAGAGUUUUUUGACAUUUGUUUCCACGUGGUGACUGUCAUAUAAAAAGUCGACGUGUUAAUAUCAGCUCAGUUUUUAGUGGGUAUUUUUAAAGCUUAGCAAUUCCUUGAGCAAUGGAGUCCUUAAACAUGUCGAAGCUUAAUUUGUCGAGUGUGAGGAGCCAAGCCUCUAAUGAUACUGUGAUAAAACCCGAGAAACCAGAAGUGAAGAUUGAAACAAGUUCAUUGCUCACUGACCCUGACGACGAAUUUUAUUGCGAGUACAGAGACGACAUAUGGAAAAAUCUACUAGAACAAGAGGCACAAAAGCCAAUUAUUCACCUCCAGUCGCCACAGUUGGAAUUCCGUGGCGCUUUAGUGCAGCAACUGCGUGACGUCACCAAGAAGCUUAGCCUCACGCUAGCGACGCUGCACUCGGCUGUUGCUCAGCUGGACUUGUUCAUGGACGCGCACAGACUGCGCUCCGAUAGACUCACACAUGUCGCUCUAGCCUGUCUCAGUUUAGCAGCUAAAAGUGAAGAGAAAUUAAGUCGAGCGCCAACAUUGAAAACAUUAUCCAAAGUGAGUGGGGUCCAGCUCUGCGGGAAGACGUUCAGGCAACUGGAGUGGAUGGUUGGCCAGCACGUGCGGUGGAGGCUGCUCGCACCCACUCCUGUGACCUUUGCAGCACUUCUAGCGCAGUACGUCAUCACAGACAGCGACCUGACCACUAGACAUCCGAAAUUCGUGAGGCGCUUUAAGCGCGAUGGUGCCAAACUGCUUGAAUCGUAUUUGGAUUUGACAUUAUCUGAUGUGCGUUUGAAGGUGGUAGAAUCAGUGGACGUUGGGUGCGCGUGUGUGGCGUGCGCCCGCGCAGACCUAGGACUAUGCGCAUGGCCCGGCUGGCUCGCUACCGUCACUGGCAGGAAACCCACCAGCGUCGCUCCUAUCGCACGUUUACUGCAGAGGAUGAUGCAAAUAUUGAAAUCACGUGAUGGUACCGGUGACUCCGAGAUAGAUCAGGGCUACAGCAGCGCUAGGACUUCGCCAAACCUGACACCAUGUCAUUCCCCGAGCUGCCAAGUGUCUCCGGCUACCAGUUCUUGCAGCACAUCCAGUUAUAUCAACAUGGACUAUCGGCAACGACCAGUCACAGAACGAAGGUUAGAUAAUGCUUAUUCCGUUCUAGAUCUUUCAGAUAAUAAUCCAGCUCCAAAUGUCAAUAUUCAAGAUUACUAUCGUUUACCGACAGCUAUAGAUAUGACAUGUCAAAGAGUAAACAACCCAGCAGAUUAUAGAUUCUGUAGAUCUUCAAGGUUGAUCGAAGCCAGUUUAGAUACUGUGACACCUUCUAAUGUAGCUGUUAAACGUGGUUUAGAUACUAAUAUAGAGUUGGAAAGGAAACGGUAUCGCUUAACCUCCCAAAUGUCACAAGUUGUUCUUUGAUCGCUUUGUUACUGAUAGUCUUGUCCGUGUUCAUGAAUUUAAUGUUCCUAUAUAGUUGGUUAAUGUAUCCAAUGAAAUUGAUUUCUAUGUACCGAAAUAAUUGAAACUAUGCCAGUGAUCGGCAAACUUUUUAGCCAAAGAGGUAUAUGAACAUUGCAAUUAAAAAUAAAGAGAGCCAAAUCUGCUUGUUUUGUAAGAUUUUGUUAAACUAAACAAGUACUACACUAAAUUAUAUUAAAUUUCUUAUGCUUGCAUCUUCUUGAAAAGUUUAAAUAAGUUUGAGCCGCAAAAUAAGAUUCUAAGAGCCACACGUGGCCUUGAAGCCGAUUUUGCCGAUCACUGUUUUAGGCUCUAAUUCUUAAAGAUUCCAAUUUGAAUAUAGAUUAAAAAGUUUUCAUGUGUUAUGUUACUCAUAGAGUAAUUAAUGUGACAUAGAAUAAAAGAUUUUCAACAGAUAAUAAAACUUUUCUUAGCUGUAUAUUCCGAGUUAUCUUAAAAAAGAAAUCUGUUUCAUUGGUGUUAAAAGCAAUAUUAAAUGUAUUGUUGAGCUUGUGUAUUGCUCAAGAUAUAUUCAUGAAUAUGGACGUUUUUCGAUGAAAACUAAACUAAAUGACGUCGAAGAUAUUGAAAUCCUUUGAACUGUAUUAGGGUACAUUGCCUUAUUCCAAUAUAUGCUAAAAAUGUUAUUACGUGAUAAUUUGCCACAGAUUAAUUAUUGCGUAGACAAGUUGACACCUAUUUUUAGUUUAGAAACGUUUGUAAUCUACGACACAGUGUUUAUUGUUUCUUUUUAGUGAUGUGACUUAAUUCGAUUUUGAAUCGAGAACCAUUUUUUAACAAAAUUUUAAUAUUGAAUAUAAAAAUUCAUACUCUACACACACAAAUUUUCGGUUAGAGGUUAUUUUUAGUUUAGUUGAAGUUUUGCGGAUGACAGAUUCUAAUCGUAACUCGAUUCUAUUUCACAAAACCAUAAACAGUCACAUCACUAUUUGUACUGGAGUUAUAAUUAUAUUUUAUGGAUGAUAUGUGUGACACUGUAAAUGCAAUAAUUAAUCUGUGGAUUACAAAGAGGGAACAGUGUUGCCAUUAAAAUAAUAAUUAUUUCUCGCGCAACAUUUUUCCCUCUAGUAAUGUUACUAUUAUAGCAAUAAAAACACCAUGUAUAUUAAGGUGUAAACAAAAAUAUAUCAACGGCUUGGCCUUUAAUGACUGAAAUUUCUUUUAGUAUUAUAUACGAACGAAAUAUUGCAUACAUUGCGUAGAUUAUGACAAUGUAAUCAUAGAAUAGAUAGAGGUAUAAACGAUAAAUUACGUUUUCACCAUAUCCCUUAAGAAAAUCUUAUGUUGUGUAGAUACAAUUUAUUUUUUUAUUAUCUGUGCCUACUACUUCUUGCAAGUGUUGCCAUUUUAUUAACAGAUUAAAAUCUUUGAAUCAACAGGGUAAUGGUGAAAUUGAAUUAAAUAAAUAUGCCAGAAUAUUAAGUAUUUAAAUGACGCAAUGGCUGUGCUGUACAUUUUGUAUCCAAUGUUAAAGAAUAUGCAUAAUGAGGAUUCAAUUUGAUAGUAAUUAUGUAUUCAUUCUUAGUUGAAUUGUCGAAAUUAUUGUCUAAACAAUAAUUUUGUAUUUAGCAUUUAUGAUGAUUGAGAAAACAAUGUUAAGGCGAUUUAAUUCUUUGGUGAUUGAAUGUCAUAAGAUUAUAACCUAACUUUCUGCUGCCAACGUUUCGGAAAAAUUUGUACGAUGGCAACAUCGUAAUAAUGUCAAUAGGUUACAUGCAUUUUAUGCGUUAUAAAUCUUUACUCUAUGAUCUUUUUACUUUUUAAUCAAAGUAAUUUUUUUUUUGGGCUGUUUAUUGUACAGCGAAUUUUAGUUGGACCAGUUUCUUUUGUUUUGUUUAUUCAAUCACCUUAAUGUUAAUACAAUGUAGUUAAUAAUAUCUGGAAUAGCAAAUGGAAUGACAUUUCUUUAGAAAAUUUCUUAAUGCCACCAAGCUGUUUUGGAUAAGGGAGUGGUUGUGAUUAAAGAUGUUUGUUUUAAUUUAUUUUUUUAACAUAGUGUAUAUAUUUUAGCGGAAUUGUAAAAUGGAAUGGAAUUUUUCGAGUAAUUUCCGAUUUCUUUCUUCAUCUUUUUUUACUUAAAAGAUUCUAUUCCAUUAAUUUCUUGUGACACCUAUUUUAGUGACUUAAAAACGGGUGUAGGUGUCACAGGUUUACUUAUUUUUUUUUUAUUAGACUGUCUUGUUUUUUUUUAUUUCGGCUAGGUUAUGCGCGUUUAUGUUGAUGAGAAGUAUACUCUCAGUUUAUGUAAUGUUACCAUUUAUUUUGUGUUUGUCAUUGAUCUGAUUUGAGAUUUUUUAAUCGCGGUUUAAUAUGUAAAGGACUGUAUGUGACCAAACCAUUUGUAUAUACGAAACUUCAGUAAUUGGUACCUUUAAAAAAGCAUUUACAAUGAGAUGUAGGCAAGAAUGUUUAUUGUUUAAAAACAGUGUGUUUCUAUGUAUUUUAUUUUCUAUAAUAAUCAAAUUUCCGUACUAAAUGC